AGUGUCAGGUUUCCGGUGUAGACGGAGCCGCAGCAGAGCCGCUUCUUUCAGCCGGUUGGGUUCGAGCCUCCUGGUCUGAGGAUGGGGGAGGCCGACGUGACGCUGAGCCAGGCCGAGGAGAAGCCUCCGGACUCGGGUCUGGGCUCCGGGGAGGACUCGGUGGUCUGGAGCCACGAGGUGGAGGUUUGUCUGUUCCACGCGAUGAUUGGACACAAACCCGUCGGAGUGAACCGUCACUUCCACAUGAUCUGCAUCAGAGAUAAGUUCAGUCAGAACAUCGGGAGACAAGUUUCAUCUUCUGUCAUCUGGGAUCAUCUGGGAACCAUGUAUGACAUGCAGGCCCUGCACGAGUCAGAGAUCCUUCCAUUUCCAAACUCAGAGAAAAGCUUCAGUCUUCCAGACGACAUCAUCCAGGACGUGAAAGAAGGUAAGCUGGGCUCAGAGGAGGAGACCAAAGAGGAGUUCAGGAUGGAGAGAGAACCUCCAGCUACACAUGAAGAAGGCAGCAACUCGUCGGUGAAAACGUCUGAACGAAGCAGCAGCAGCCGAGAGAAGGAGAGAGAAAGAGACAAGGAGAAGACCAGCAGCGAUGGAGGAAAGGAGGCGGAGAAACGGAAGAGGAGCAGAGCGACAGACAAGCUGCUCACCUCCUCCAACCCUGCUAGUCCAGGAGGAGCCAAGAGGAGGCGCACCUGAGGGGAGGGGUCAGGAGGAGGAGCCAGGAGGGGGAGGACCCGGGAGGGGAGGGGCCAGGAGGGGGAGGGGCCAGGAAUAGUCGGAGGAACACCUGAGGUGGAGGAGUCAGGAGCUGGUGAUGCCGGUUUAAGUCUCCGCCCCUCCAGCAGCAGAGGAUUGUGGGUUUUGUAGUUUCAGCUGCUGAAAUGUUUAAAUAAUGUUAAGCAGGAAGUCAGUUUUAUUUUUAUUUUCAGAAUAAAAGCUGCUUCCUCCUGGUGUGUCUGUAAAUAAAGUCAUUUUCUGUUGGUUUCUGUUAGAGAAGCAUUUAUUGGUCAGCUGACAGAUGAAAGGUUUUUGACGUUCUCAUCAUCGACUGUUGAACAAACUGCAAUAAAUCCGGUUCUCCUGUCUGUAAAGUGGAGGUUCUGGGACAAGAAACCUUCAUUUAUCUCUGAUGUUCUACAAACUUUGUUCUCUAAUUUUUAUAUUUGCUCAGUAGCAGUUUAGUGGUUCUGAUUAUGAAAUGUUCUUUUUUAUCCACAUUUAAUUUAUUGAUGGAGUUCUGUUUGUGUGAAUAAAGGUGAAGAUCAGC